AAGGGAUUGUUUUGUUUAGGCUGCACUAUAUCCAGCUGCUGCCUUUGCAUAUUAAGUACCUUUUGCGCUUCCCAAAACAGGCUGGACCAAUCCCCCCCUCUGAAUCUCCAUUUGCCCCCAGAAUUCCCUUGUAGAGAAGCAGUCUGUGAGCUGCACAAAGCCCACAGUGCUCAGGACACAGCAGGGCAAAGUGUUUUGUGUGUGGGUGUAUGAAGCUUCAGGAACUUAAGACACUUCAAUGCCAGAACCACUUCCCAGCACAGGUGACCUACUGACAUAGAACCCUGUGCCAUCAAAAGAUUAAGCAGAAAUAGACUUUUCAUCAGAAUUUUAUGCAUGACUAGAAGAGUCAAGAACUUCCUACUGAAGUUUAGAAAGGGGAGGGAUCUCUGAGUUGUACCCAGCCUAGAGGAUCACUCUCAGAACAGCUGAGGGAGGGAAAAAGGAGAAGCAGGAACAAGAAUGGCAGAAAAUGUCCUCUAUGCUGACUUGAACUUGUCUCAAUCAACCAGACCCAGAAUCCUGACGGUCCCUGAUGUCCAAGACUCAGAUUGUACCUACGCAGAAGUUAAAGUGAAAUCCCAAGACACAAAUGCUGCAGCAGACUGCAAAUCAUCUGAUGGUCCAACUGCAGGCAGCCAAAACAGCUCAACAACCUUGUCCCACAUCCCUGAAGAGGAAUUAGGGUGUCCUCCACUAUGGAGAAAGCAUGGGAGAAAAUGCUACUUCUUUUCUCCAGAGAAGAAAGAGAAGGACUGGGAAGCCUCCCAUAGAGAAUGUAUUACCAUGGAGUCAGACCUUGUGGUCAUUGACAGCAGGGAAGAGAUGAGUUACCUUCUCUCAGUAUCAAAACAUAACUACUACUUACUUGGUCUCAAAUACUUUGAAAAGGAGGAGUGGAAGUGGAUCAACAACAUGAAACAUGACCCAACCAUGUUCAAUAUAACCAGACCUUAUAGUGACUAUGACUGCACAACCAUUGGAUUUGGUAAAGUAGAAAGUGCACCUUGUGGUGGAUCCCAAACAACACAAAUUAUGUGUGAAAAAGAUGCGACGAUUUUAAAAAGGCAUCAGAAAGAGAGCUAAAAACAAGAGGUCCAGGCUAUGUUAUCCCCAGCUUCCUGUAGGAAACAUGGAUGGGAUGUGUCUCA